CAGUCUAGUUUGUGAAGGAACAGCAGAAGGAAAAGGCUGACAAAAUGUCCGUCAAUCGUCUUACACCCCAGCAGGCCUCCAAGGAACAUGUCCUAGCCGUGUCCAGAGAUUUCAUUUCGCAGCCACGACUGACCUACAAGACCGUGUCCGGUGUGAACGGUCCGCUGGUCAUUCUGGACGAGGUCAAGUUCCCCAAGUUUGCCGAAAUCGUCCAGCUCCGACUGAACGACGGCACCAUCCGCUCCGGUCAGGUGCUGGAAGUCAGCGGCUCCAAGGCCAUCGUCCAGGUGUUCGAGGGCACGUCCGGCAUUGACGCCCGCCACACGGUGUGCGAGUUCACCGGCGAUAUUCUCCGUACCCCGGUGUUCGAGGACAUGUUGGGCCGUGUUUUCAACGGUUCCGGCAAGCCCAUCGACAAGGGUCCGCCAAUUUUGGCCGAAGACUUUUUGGAUAUCCAGGGUCAACCCAUCAACCCGUGGUCCCGUAUCCACCCGGAGGAAAUGAUCCAGACCGGUAUCUCGGCCAUCGAUGUGAUGAACUCGAUUGCCCGUGGUCAGAAGAUUCCGAUUUUCUCGGCUGCUGGUUUGCUGCAUAAUGAAUUUGCUGCCCAGAUUUGUCGUCAAGCCGGUCUGGUCAAGCACACCGGCAAGUCGGUGAUCGAUGAGCAUGAGGACAACUUUGCCAUCGUGUUCGCCGCUAUGGGUGUCAACAUGGAAACUGCUCGUUUCUUCAAGCAAGAUUUCGAGGAGAACGGUUCCAUGGAGAACGUGUGCCUGUUCUUGAACUUGGCCAACGAUCCGACCAUCGAACGUAUCAUUACUCAACGUCUGGCGCUGACUGCGACUGAGUUCUUGGUCUACCAGUGCGAGAAGCACGUGUUGGUCAUCUUGACCGAUAUGUCCUCGUAUCCUGAAGCCUUGCGUGAGGUGUCGGCUGCCCGUGAAGAAGUGCCCGGACGUCGUGAUUUCCCCGGUUACAUGUACAUCGAUUUGGCCACCAUCUACGAACGUGCCGGACGUGUCGAGGGUCGUAACGGAUCGAUUACGCAGAUUCCAAUUUUGACUAUGCCUAACGACGCUAUUACCCAUCCAAUUCCCGAUUUGACUGGCUACAUUACCGAGGGCCAAAUCUACGUCGAUCGUCAACUGCACAACAGACAGAUCUACCCAACAGUCAACGUGCUGCCAUCGCUGUCUCGUCUGAUGAAGUCUGCCAUCGGUGAGGGCAUGACCCGUAAGGAUCACUCUGAUGUGCCUAGCCAACUUUACGCUUGCUACGCCAUCGGUAAGGACAUGCAGGCCAUGAAGGCCGUUGUCGGUGAGGAAGCCCUCACGCCAGACGAUCUGUUGUAUCUGGAAUUCUUGACCAAGUUCGAGAAGAACUUCAUCGCGCAAGGUAACUAUGAGAACCGCACGGUAUUCGAAUCGCUGGACAUCGGCUGGCAGCUGCUCCGUAUCUUCCCCAAGGAAAUGCUCAAGCGUAUUCCGGCCUCGAUCUUGGCCAAAUUCUACCCAAGAGACUCGUGCCAUUAA